GGAGCCGAAGCUGGAGCCGGCACUGCGGCGCACGGAGCGGAGCGCCGCAGCCAAGCCGAGUGAGUGGAGGGGCCUCCCCCCUCAAGAAGUCAGAGCUGUGCUCGUGGGCAGGCUGGCUCCGCUGUUCUGCUCCAAGGAUUACAUGUCCUUCAAACGCCCUUGCCCCUUAGCACGAUACAACCGUACCAGCUACUUCUACCCCACCACGUUCUCUGAGAGCUCUGAGCACAGCCACCUGCUGGUGUCUCCAGUGCUGGUGGCGAGCGCUGUCAUAGGUGUGGUCAUCACUCUCUCCUGCAUCACUAUCAUUGUGGGAAGCAUCAGAAGGGACAGGCAGGCCCGGAUCCAGCGACACCACCAUCGCCAUCGCCGCCACCAUCACCAUCACCGCCACCGCCGACGCCGACACCGAGAAUACGAGCAGGACCACACAUCGGGAGGACACACACACAACCACUCCAGUCACAGGAUGCCCUAUGCCUGUAGUCCUGCUGAGGACUGGCCUCCGCCCUUGGACAUCAGCUCUGAGGGGGAUGUGGAUGUCACCGUGCUCCGGGAGCUGUACCCAGAUUCUCCACCAGGCUAUGAGGAAUGCGUGGGACCAGGGGCCACUCAGCUGUAUGUUCCCACGGAUGCACCACCACCCUACUCGAUGACUGACUCCUGCCCCAUGCUGAGUGGUGCCCUUGACUCAGACAGCGGCCACAGCCACCGUCAGCAAGAGCAGAGGACCCGGGGUCAGAGUGGCCUCCACACUGUCUCCAUGGACACGCUGCCACCUUAUGAAGCCGUGUGUGGAGCAGGCUCUCCAUCUGACCUGCUGCCUCUGCCAGGACCAGAACCAUGGCCAAGUAACUCCCAGGGCUCACCCACCCCAACCCAGGCUCUGAUCCCCAGCCCUGAAAGGAUUGUGUGAGUGACCAAGUCCCACUGGUCCUUCCAGGCUACCCUAUCUCUUCCAGGUACACAAGUACCCACACAACUCAUGCACAUGCAUAUAUAUGACUACAAAUAUAUACUGACAGACUUCAAGUGCAUACGCUGACAUAUCCCACACAUAUGUAGACACCUGUACAUACACAGGUCCCACUACCACACAAACUCACCUGGGAAGGUUUUCUUUAGAUGAAGUGUUCCCUACCUGGUAUCUCUUCCUCCCCAGCCUGGUGCCUGGUGGUAGUGCCUCUCUGAACAGCACUGGGCAGAGGCGGGCUAGGAAUCCCUACUUUCUACCCUCUCCCCAGCCUUCUCUAGGCUGUGGCCACAAUCUGAUUCUCCUGCAGAGACUGCUUGGUUAGCUUCCUGCCAUAACUCCUACCCCAGGGUUUAUCCUACUGGGAGCUGAGACAGGUCCCAGUGAGGUCCCACUGUGCACUGUGCCUAUCUCUCAACUCCAGGGAAGAAGAGCCACCAUGUCAUCACCCUGCCACUUACAAGGUGGAGAAAAACAGGUCUGGUGGUUUAGGCAUGACCUGGAGGUCCUCACAGCCCAUUUAGCCUGUCUCAAUGUCCUCAGUUUGGCGGUGCUAGUGGGGUUAGCUCAG